AUGUUGAAGCACGAAGAGUACACCGUCGGGUGGUUGUGCUGCAUCAAGGAGGAAUAUGUCGCUGCGCAAUCUUUUCUCGACGAGAAGCAUGGCCGUCCCGAAGAUGUCUCCCCAAACGAUAACAACGACUAUACGCUAGGCACGAUGGGAAAACACAACGUUGUCAUUGCUGUGCUGCCCGACGGGGAGUAUGGCAUCGCCUCUGCAGCAACUGUUGCGAGAGACAUGCUUCAUACUUUCCCUAACGUCAGAAUCGGGUUGUUGGUCGGUAUUGGCGGCGGUGCACCAAGCAAGAAUCAUGACAUCCGCCUGGGUGAUGUUGUGGUCAGCACUCCGCGCGAUAGAGCGACUGGCGGAGUGUUGCAUUACGACUUCACGAAGACCCUACAGGAUCAGAGAGUGGAAACCAUAUCAUACCUGAACCUCCCGCCGACGCUUCUACGAACCGCUUUGAACGGGUUAAGGGCGGAAUACGAGUCUGAUGGACACCAGAUACAAGAGUCCAUAGACCAAAAGCUUCUGGAGAAGCCGAAGCUGAAGAAAAAAUACAUGCGACCAGACCAGAACAGCGAUAGGCUCUACCGGCGAGACAUCAUCCACCCACUGUCCCAAGAUAUAGUCUCCUGUGCUUCAGUCUGCGGCGAUAAUCCAUCAAAGCUCAUACAAAGGCCAGAUCGAGAUGAUGAUGAUGACAAUCCGACGAUUCACUACGGCCUGAUAGCCUCGGCGGACCAACUUUUGAAGGAUGCCGCUCUUCGAGACAAACUUGCAGCGGAGAAUGGGAUUCUGUGUUUUGAAACACAAGCUGCGGGCCUUAUGAACCAUUUUCCAUGCCUGGUCAUACGUGGUAUAUGUGACUACUCAGACUCACAUGGCAACACCUCGUGGCGAGGUUAUGCAGCGAUGACAGCAGCGGCCUAUGCAAAGAAUCUGCUCUCUCGAGUUUCCAUUAACAGGGUUCAAGCUGAGAAGAAGAUCGGCGAGAUGCUUUCUGGUGUUCAAGAAGGUGUCAACAAGCUCCUCGAUAUCCAACAUGAUCGACAUGAUGAGGCCAUCCUCAACUGGCUCACUCCAAUCAACUAUGCCUUUACACAAAUGGAUCAUAUUGCAAGACGGCAGCCAGGAACUGGUCAAUGGUUCAUAAACUCUGCAGAGUACCAAGCGUGGCUGGCCAGUGACAGGCAAACCCUAUUUUGCCCUGGCAUUCCAGGAUCUGGGAAAACAAUCAUCACGGCGAUUGUUGUUGAUGACAUAUACAAUCGGUUCCACAAUGACACCACGGUGGGAAUUGCUUAUUUAUACUGCGAUUACCGCCGGCAACACGAACAAACUAUAGAAGAGUUGCUGUCGAGUUUAGUGAAGCAGCUGGCCCAGAGACAGGCUUCAGUACCCGAUGACGUGCGAAGACUUCAUGAGGAGUAUAAGAAACAACCCAAGCCACUAAAUCUUGACGAUAUCUUGAUGCUUCUUCACUCCACCAGUAAGCUCUUCUCUAGCGUCAUUAUAAUUAUCGACGCGUUGGAUGAGGCUCGAGACAAGGGAUGUCGUGCGCGACUUAUAUUUGAAAGCUUGAGGCUUCAAGCCGACGACAACGUGAAAAUCUUCUUGACUUCAAGACAUGAUGCGGAGACUGUCGGGCUCUUGGGUGAAAGCCUUCUGUUGGAGAUCCGUGCUCAUGCUGAAGACGUGCAGAAGUACCUUCUUGCUCCUCUUCUUGUGGAGGCUCUUUCUCGAGAGCCGACUGUUGGACAUGUCGAAACCGCGCUACGAAGCUUGCCCACUGGUCUGGACGAAAUUUACGACGGAGCACUGAUGAGGAUCGAGGACCAAGGAGGAGGCAAACGAGACCUGGCGAAGAACAUACUUUGUUGGAUCCUACACGCCAAAAGGCCACUCUCCUUCAAGGAGCUCCAACACGCAGUCGCAAUCCGGCCUGGCCAGUCGGAGCUGGAUCGCAAGUUUAUCCCAACAAGGAACACUAUUGGUACCAUCUGUGCGGGUCUGAUCACGAUCGAUGCUUGGAGCAAUCAAGUUCGACUGGUGCAUUACACGACCAAGGAAUACUUGAAGAGAACACAGGACAUAUGGUUUAUCAACCAUCAGUGUUACAUCCUCAAAACUUGCCUCACCUAUCUCUCAUUCAAAGCCUUCGAGGGGGGAUGUUGCGCGACAGUCACUGGUCUUAGAGACCGACUCUUGUUGCAUCCAUUGUACGCGUACGCCGCAGUUCACUGGGGACAUCAUGCACGCAAGACUUCAACAUAUAACCGAGGCAUCAUGGCAUUCUUGAAGUGCAACGCCAAGGUAGAAGCCUCAAUCCAGGUGCUGAAAAGCCAAUGGGGAUGCAGAAACCAAUGGGAAAUGAUAUAUGCAUUAUUGUUUCCUGAUGCUAGCCCUAAAGCCCUGAAAGGCACGAGAAUGUCGGCUGUACAUCUAACUGCGUAUUUUGGGCUUGAUGAAUCAUUGAAGCAUCUUAUUGAAAGCAAUGAUCCCGAUAAGGCUGAUGAACAGAAGCGGACGCCGCUAUCGUAUGCAGCAGAACAUGGGUAUGAAGCUGUGUUAGCGAAAGCGGGCAUGAAAAGGGUGGUCCCCUUUCUGCUCGCGGAGGAUGGCAUUGAUAUAGAUGUUAUAUCAGUGAACCUGGGUCAGGGAGAUAACAGUUGUGAGAGACCUGUUUACAAUGACUGCGCCUCCCUCAUCUCUCAUUUUCUUUAG